AUGCACCGAUUUAGGAUGUCGCGUACUUUAUUCAACCGCAUAGCUGAUGGUAUACUUGAGCAUGACUAUGAUGAUUAUUUUACGCAAAAAAGAAGUGCUUCUGGAGCUCUUGGGUUACAUCCUUUGCAAAAGAUGACCGCGGCGAUGCGGAUACUAACAUAUGGAGUAGCAACUGAUUAUGUUGAUGAGUACAUCCGGUCCGCUGAGUCUACUAAUUUAGAGUCUUGCAAGAAAUUUGUGAUCAAAAUUUGUGAAGUUUUUGGGGAAAAGUACCUGAGAUCUCCAAAUGAAGAAGACAUUGCUAGGUUACUUGCAAUAGGGGAGGAAAGAGGAUUUCCCACCGAAGGCCAAACUCCUCCAGUGAAUUAUAGCAUCAAUGGCCAUCAGUACACAAUGGGGUAUUACCUUACAGAUGAUAUCUAUCCACGGUGGGCAACAUUUGUGAAGAGCAUACCAGCUCCAACUAGCAGAAAGCAUAAAACUUUUGCCAAGAAGCAAGAGGGGGCUAGGAAAGAUGUGGAACGAGCCUUUGGAGUUCUGCAAUCUCGUUUUGCCAUUGUUCGUGGACCUGCUAAAGGAUGGAAACGUAAAGAAAUCACUGAUGUCAUGAAAACUUGUGUCAUAAUGCACAAUAUGAUAGUUGAAGAGGAGCGACAAACUGGUCGGCAAAGCUGCACUUUUGAGGCAAUGGGAGAAAGAGUCACAGUCUCUCGUACUCAUGCGGAAGAACUGAGCUCUUUUAUUCAGAUGACUCAUCGGAUUAGAAAUUUCGAUGAACAUGAUCAGCUUAAACUUGAUCUAAUUGACCAUGUGUGGCAAAAGUUUGGAAACGAGUAA